UCCCGAUCCCUGCGUCAUUCCUCCCAACGCUUCUUUCUCCGGCCGACCUACCUCUUCCUCCUCGCUUUUGCCUUCCAUGGAUCCCGCCAGGGAGAAUGAGAUCGCCAUGCUCACCCGGGUCGUCGGAAACCACCUCGCUCUCGGCCAGUUCGAAGCACUCAGAGCGUCGCUGCUCAGCCUCCGGAAGCGCAAUCCGGAGCUCGCGCACCAAAUCCUCUGCGCCAUCAUUUCCGAAGGAGGCCGCGUCGAAGGAGUCCUCUGGUCGGAAUCCUGUCCCUCCCCGUCGCAUCUCGCCUGGCUCUCAUUGCUGGAGCUGUCCGCGUUCGGCAAUUCAGCGGCUUCGAUCGGAGGCGUCGACCCCGAGGUUUUCCGGCUGAACGUGGAAUUCCUUCUCUUGAUUCAGCACGCCUGCUCCAAAGCCUCCAACGCUGACCUAGGCAAGAAUGCGGAAACAUCGGACGCAUCAGAGAGUGCUGUGCAGUUGCUAAACGAUAUCCUCAAUAUCGGAUUAAGGUUACUGUGGAGUGGGAUAGGGUACGUAUCCGACACCCUUGGUCCAGUUUCUUUAAUUACCAAAGGCAUGUUGAAAGGUUUAUGGAAAUUUUUUCUUGAUUAUCCGAAGCUUUUUGAUGCUAUAUGCUCAAACAUUCAUCGCCAGCUUGAAAUUUUACUACCAGCAGGCACUGCAGAUGACUUGAACGUUCUUUCCAACAUGCGUCAGAGUGUUCAGAUGGCACACUUAGAUUCGUUGACGAAGUGUACCAUGGCUGAUGAUUUGGAGGGAGCUUUUUCAAAUCUUCAAUUUCUUCAUCUAGAAUAUGGCGUAGAGGAAGAGCAAUACAAGUUAGCUUUGCAAUCGCUUGUCAAGAAAGCCUUUUUACAAAGUGCUUAUUAUGAGAAAUCCUGGCUUGAUUCAAGGAGUAGAAUGUUUGUGAUGUACACCGCAGCCAUUUCAACUAAGUGUAUUCGCCUAGUGCAGAUUAUUCAGGCGAUUCAAGAUGAAAUGGUUUCUGCCGAAAUUGAAUUUAACAAAAUUUCUGAUGCCAAUGUGAUCCCUCUUCCCAUUACAAAGUAUCUGGAAACAUUACCUAGGGAAAAUAUUGAUGCCUUGGAUGGCAAGAAUUUUUCCAGUGAAGCAAUGAAAUGUUGCAUGAGAGACCUAUACCAUUAUGCACGAAUAUCUGGAAAACAUAUUCUUGAAUGUAUUAUGGACACAGCUUUAUCUGCAAUCAAGAGGGAGCAACUUGAAGUUGCUAGUCAUGUUCUAUCAUUGUUCCCUCUUCUUCAGCCACUUGUAGCUGUCCUAGGUUGGGAUUUACUUUCAGGUAAGACAACACUACGCAGAAGGCUAAUGCAAUUGCUUUGGACAAGUAAAUCUCAGGUGCUAAGGCUGGAACAAUUCUCUCUUUACAAGAAGCAAUCUGAUGAGAUACUGUGUGUGGAAUAUCUUUGUGAUGUGUUAUGUUUUCACAUGGAUAUUGCACACUUUGUUGCAUGUGUCAACUCCGGUUUGUCUUGGAACUCAAAAAAUUCACUACUCUUUUCUCAAAAAGAUAAGAUUAGAAAUGAACACGAGAAUGAGGUUUUAGACCCUUUUGUUGAGAACAUGAUACUUGAAAGAUUAGCUGUUCAAUCACCCAUGAAGGUUUUAUUUGAUGCUGUCCCUGGGAUAAAGUUUCAGGAAGCAUUUGACAUUCUUAAUAUGCAGCCCAUAGCUUCAACAUCUGCAGCAUGGAAAAGGAUGCAGGACAUUGAGCUUGUGCACAUGUUAUAUGUUCUUGAAUCAGCUGUUUUUGCUCUUGGAACCAUGGAGAGGUGCAUCAACAAUGAUAUGAACUCCCAACUUCAUGUAGCUAUGUCUUACUUGAAGAAUAUUCAAACACACAUGGAGGCCAUAAGAAACAUUUCUCGCAGAAUCUUUAUGGUUAGCAUUAUAAUAUCUCUGCUCUAUUUGGAUGAAAUGUCCAUCAACAUCACAGAUGCUACCUUGGUUGAAAGUUAUUCUGAACUUCCGCAAAAUACUGUCAAGAAAUCAUCCUUUGAUGAAGAAAAUAAAAACAUAAUCUCUUUUAUGGGAUUACUACUAGAUAUAUUGCGGCGAAAUCUGCCUUCAACAAUCAAUGAAGUAGGAAAUAUGUUGGACAGUUCUGUGGAAAUUGCAGCAAAACAAGUUCUGGAAUGGAGGACUGCUAAAUCUUCUAAGUUUAUUGAAGAUUGGGAAUGGCGUUUAACUAUUUUGGAUCAUCUUCUACCCGUAUCUGAAUUCCAAUGGACUUGGAAAGAGGCAUUAGUUAUUUUUCGUGCUGCUCCUUCCAAAUUAUUAAAUCUUUGCAUGCAAAGGGCAAAAUAUGAUAUAGGGGAAGAGGCUGUGCGACGAUUCUCCCUGCCUCCUGAAGAUAAAGCUGUUCUUGAACUCUCAGAAUGGGUUGCUGCUUCUUUUAGAAGAGCAUCAAUUGAGAAUGCAGUAUCUCAUGUUGCAGAGGGAAGAGCAAAUGCACUACAGAAAUUGGACCUUUCAUCAUUACAAAGCCAGCUAGGUUCUUUAGCUGCGAUUCUUCUUUGCAUUGAUGUUUCAGCAACUUCUGCAAAGUCUGUAGAUAUGUGCAAGUUACUUCUCGACCAGGCUAUGAGUGUGCUAGCUGUGAUCUUUCCUGGAAGCUCGCCAAAGCCAGGUCCUUCUUAUUGGGAGCAGAUACAAGAAGUUGCCACUAUAUCAGUAACAAGGCACAUCCUUCAACAUCUGUAUGAUCUGUUGGAGCAAGAGAAGUCUUUGACCCUCCAAGAAAUACUUUCUGAAGAGAGAAUGAUAUUUCCUGUAAAUGAGCCUAGCAAGAAAGGAAAAAGGCAAAGAGCCAUUGUUAUCUUACAUCAGAUGAUUGACGAUGCUCAUCAAGGAAAGAGGCAAUUCUUAAGUGGUAAGCUCCAUAAUCUUUCAAAAGCUCUUGCUGUCGAAGAAACAGAGAAUAACAAUAAUAAUGAAGAAGGUUCAAAUUCCAUCAAAAUGGCUCACUCUAACAAGGGCACAAUUGUUGGACUUGGCUUGAGAGCUCCAAAAUCAUCCUCAUUGAAUCCAUCAAGCACUGAAAGUAUUUCUGAGAUUACUUAUGAAUUGAAAGACACCGGAAAAAGGCUUUUUGGUCCUGUAACAUCCAAGCCAUCUACUUAUCUUUCAUCCUUUAUAAUCUAUAUUGCUACAAUCGGUGACAUAGUUGAUGGAGUUGACACAACUCAUGAUUUCAAUUUUUUUUCACUCAUAUAUGAGUUGCCCAAAGAUCUUCUUACUCGUCUUGUCUUUGAUCGUGGGAGUACUGAUGCUGCUGGAAAGAUAGCUGAUAUUAUGGGUGUGGAUUUUGUGCACGAGGUUAUAUUGGCUUGUGUGCCACCAGUUUUUCCUCCACGUUCUGGUCAUGGCUGGGCUUGCAUUCCUAUCCUACCUACUCUUUCUGGAAUGAGUAUGGGUCGAAAGAUCUCCCUCAAAGCUAGCACUUCUGGUUCACUAGAAAAACAUGGAAAACCUCUCUAUCCCCUCCAGUUGAGUUUAGUAAAGCAUCUUGCGAAGCUCUCACCAGUAAGGGCAGUUCUGGCAUGUGUAUUUGGUAGUACCAUAUUAUCUAGCAGAAAUGAAUCAUCUGAUUCUUCCAUACAUUCCAAAGGCCAAUUUUUACAAGGACCUGAUACUGAGAGGUUAUUCUAUGAGUUUGCUCUUGAUCAGUCAGAGAGGUUUCCGACACUCAAACGCUGGAUACAGCAGCAAUCAAACCUUCAUAAAAUCUCAACAACAACAAUAACAUCUAAAAGUGACAACAAUGUUGCAGCUAUACCUAACGGCAAAGCUUCAAGGAAACGAGUUUGUGAACCUGAGAGUGACACUGAAUCAGAAGUAGAAGAGAUGGUCAUUGGUGGGCAUAAUAGUCCAUCUUUUUCUGAGUUCACUACCCAUAAUACAAUUGCUAAAUGUGCACACCGUUCUGCAAUGCUUGAUGAUUUUGGGGUUGAUCCUGCAAGCUAUGUUUCAUUUGACUGGGAGAAUGAAGGGCCUUAUGGAAAAGCUGUUGAAAGAUUGAUUGAUGAAGGGAAACUGCUGGAUGCUCUUGCACUAUCUGAUCGAUGUUUACGUGAUGGAGCAUCUGACUAUUUACUCCAGUUGUUGAUUGAACAAGAGGAAGCAAGUAAUCUGGUUCUCCCACAGCCUCAUGGCUAUGUGAUGCCAAAUUUUGGUAGCACCAGUUGGCAGUAUUGCUUGCGGCUCAAGGACAAACUGCUUGCAGCAAGGCUUGCAUUAAAAUACGUACAUCGGUGGGAUCUAGAUCCUGCAAUUGAUGUUCUCACUAUGUGUAUUUGCCACUUACCUCAACAUGAACCAAUUCGGAGUGAGGUACUGCAUAUGAGACAAUCUUUGCAGAGAUACCAUCACAUCUUAAGUGCUGAUGAUCAUUAUACCAGAUGGCAACAAGUAGAGGUUGAUUGUAAGGAAGAUCCUGAAGGAUUAGCAUUAAGGUUGGCUGGUAAAGGGGCUGUUUCUGCUGCUUUGGAAGUCGCUGAAAGUGCAUCUCUGCCAAUUGAGUUGCGUAGAGAAUUGCAAGGCCGGCAAUUAGUAAAGCUAUUAACCACAGACCCCCUUAGUGGUGGGGGGCCAGCACAGGCUUCACGGUUUCUGUCGUCCUUGCAUGACUCAGAUGAUGCCCUACCUGUUGCUAUUGAAGCUAUGCAGCUUUUACCCGACUUACGCUCUAAACAACUUCUCGUGCACUUUUUUCUAAAGCGAAGAGUUGGAAAUCUUUCAGAUGUUGAAGUUGCCAAACUUAACUUGUGGGCACUAGGUCUUCGUGUUUUGUCCUUACUGCCAUUGCCAACCCAGCAACGAUGUUCAUCUUUGCAUGAACAUCCUCAUCUGAUUCUGGAAGUUCUGUUGAUGAUGAAACAGCUGCAGUCAGCUUCACUUAUACUAAAAGAAUUUCCUUCAUUGAGGGAUGACAAUCUAAUACUUACAUAUGCUGCUAAAGCAAUCACUAUUAAUGUUAGCGCUGCUCCUAGGGAACCUCGUAUCUCCAUUUCUGGGUCUAGAUUGAAGCAUAAAGUUAAGAUUGGCACACCAUCAAGGCCAAACAUUGCAAGCAGUAUUGGUAAUUGGCAAAGAGAGGCUCGCUGGGCUUUUUCAUGGGCCACUUGGGAUUCCUCACCCAAGGUUUUUCAAAAAGAUGCUCAUCGUAAAAGAAAGAUUUCAGGGUUUAUGCAUUCUGACACAGUUGCUGGGGAGGGAAUCCCUGGUAUUGAAGAGGAGCGACCCACAUCAUUCUCUGCAGAUGGCCAAGAAAGGCUUCCAUUUGUUUCCAUUGCUGAAGAAUGGGUUCUCACAGGUGAUCAAAAUAAGGAUAAUGCUGUUCGCACCUCUCAUAGAUAUGAAACUUCUCCUGAUUUUACACUUUUUAAAGCAUUGCUUUCUCUGUGCUCUAAUGAUAUGACCUCUUCCAGAGGGGCCCUGCAAUUGUGUGUUGCUCAGAUGAAAGAUAUUUUGAGCGCCCAAAAUCUGCCUUUGAAUGCUUCUAUGGAAACUAUAAGUAAAGCAUAUCAUGCAACAGAAACUUAUGCGCAGGCCUUGGGUUAUGCAAAAAGCUUGUUGAAAAAACUUGCUGCAUCAAGUGAAUAUCCAAAUAACUAUGAUAAAUACAGGGACGUAGAUGAUUCAUCUACAGAAACUAGCAGCUCAAGUAGUGGUAGCCAGUACCCCGAUGACCUUUCUGAACUUCUUGCACAAGCACAUACCUGGUUAGGGCAUGCAGAAGUUCUUCAGAGCCUUCUUGGAUCUGGAAUAGUUGCUUCUAUUGAUGAUAUUGCUGAUAAAGAAUCUUCAGCCUGCCUCCGUGACAGAUUAAUCCUAAAUGAACGAUACAGCAUGGCAGUAUAUACGUGUAGAAAGUGUAAGAUUGAUGCUUUGCCUGUAUGGAAUGCUUGGGGUCAUGCCUUGAUUAGGAUGGAACACUAUUCUGAAGCUCGUGUGAAGUUCAAGCAAGCUAUUCAACUGCAUAAGGGUGAUCCUUCUUCUGUUAUCCUUGGGAUCAUCAAUAUUGUAGAAGGAGGUCCUCCUGUUGAUGUUCCAUCUAGUCGGUCUAUGUAUGAACACUUGGCAAAAAGUGCAUCAACAAUCUUGGAUGAUUCUCUUUCUGCAGAUUCAUACCUCAAUAUUUUACACAUGCCAUCGACAUUUCCCCGUUCUCAAGAAUUGUCUAAUGGCCGCCUAUCUUUUUUCCCUUCCAAUUUUGAAGAUGGACCUUGCAGUAACCUGGACAGCAUUAGGUAUGCUGAGUGCAUGUACUAUCUACAAGAAUAUGCUCGUCAAGAAACUCUAGCAUUUAUGUUCAAGCAUGGUCGCUACUUAGAUGCUUGUCUGCUGUUCUUUCCACCAAAUUCUUCACCUCUUUCUCAAUCUUCACAAUAUCCAGCACCAUCUCCUGCCUCAUCUCCUCAAAGAGCUGAUCCUUUGGCAACUGACUAUGGAACCAUUGAUGAUUUAUGUGAAUUGUGCGUUGGUUAUGGAGCUAUGGAUGUUUUACAUAAUAUUGUCUUAGAAAGAUCAUCUGUGUCGCCAGAAGAUGCGACAUUGAGCCAGUACAUGGCUGCUGCACUCACUAGAAUAUGCAGCUAUUGUGAAACACAUCGGCAUUUUAAUUGUCUCUACAAGUUUCUGGUUAUCCAGGGUGACCAUAUUGCUGCUGGUCUAUGCUGUAUUCAAUUGUGCAUCAACUCUUUUUCACAGGAAGAGGCAAUAAAGCAUUUGGAGCGUGCAAAGAUUCAUUUCGAUGAAGGAUUAUCAGCCCGACAUAGAGCAUCAAGUGAGACCUCCAGAUUAUUGUCCAAGUCUAUUAGGGGAAAAAGUGCCUCGGAAAAAUUGAGUGUCGAGGGGGUUGUAAAAUUCUCAGCCAGUGUAUCUAUCCAGAUAGAUGUAGUAAAGUCCCUCAAUGAUUCAGAUGGUCCCCAGUGGAAGCAUUCCCUUUUUGGAAAUCCAAGUGAACCUGAAACCUUCAAGAGAAGAUGCCGUGUAGCUGAGGCCCUUGCCGAAAAGCAUUUUGACUUGGCUUUUCGGGUUAUUUAUGAAUUUGAACUCCCUGCCGUGGACAUUUAUGCUGGUGUGGCAGCAUCUCUUGCCGAGAGAAAGAAAGGUGGUCAGCUAACAGAGCUUUUCAAGAACAUAAAGGGUACCAUAGAUGACGACGAUUGGGACCAGGUUCUUGGCACUGCCAUUAAUGUAUAUGCUAACAAGCACAGAGAGCGGCCGGAUCGUCUCAUAGACAUGCUAAUUAGCAGCCACAGGAAAGUGUUGGCCUGCGUUGUUUGUGGUCGCCUAAAGAGUGCCUUCCAGAUAGCAUCAAGAAGUGGAAGUAUUGCCGAUGUCGAAUAUGUUGCCCAUCAGGCAUCAGUUGCAAAUGCAUUGCCAGUUGUUGACAUGUGCAGACAGUGGUUGACUAAGUACAAAUUUGGCAUCUGAUCGAGCUGAGCAUGCAAUGCACAAUUAGAAUUGUAGAAAGGGAGGGGAUGGUAUGUUUGGUUUGUAAGAAUAACACACGUUUUAAAAAAAAUAAAAAUGAAACCAAACGCUCUCUUUGUCUUACUCAAUUAUUAGUUAUUUUUUUUUGAAGACAUGACAUCCGUUUGUGAAAAUUGAAACUUUAAUUAAUUUCUGGCAAAGUUGCAAUUUUG